UUCGCUUGCAGCGUUAUCUUCUUUUUGUUGUUUAAAAACGGUUUCUGUUUGCAGCAACAGGUUAUAUUUUAUUCAUCAUCUGAAAGAAUAAAUCAGAGAGAAACUAACAGCCGCGGAUAAAAUAUUCAUACUCAUCGAUCAUCAGCUGGAAAACCCGAAGAGCGAAGAUCCUGCAGCGGGUUUCAUGUCUGAUUCCAUGUUGGAAGUUCAGGACUGGCUCCCCGUUACUGAAGAAAGGAAGUCGGUUCCGGACCAUAGGAUACCAAACAGUAGAGAAAUGAAAGAAGAACCGGAGGAACCAGAUCCACAGUUGAUGAUUGAGUUCAAGGAGGAACCAGAACAUCAACCACUUGGACCAGAACAUAUUGAGCUGUGGAUCUUUCAGGAUGAAGAGCAGCUCCAAGUGACGCAGGAGACCAACAGCUCUAUGGAGACUUCUGGAAGACUCCAUUAUGCAUCAGAAUUGAACCCGAUUGUAAAGAUAAAGGAGGAACUAGAAUAUGGAAAAAAAGAAGGAACAAAACCUGUGAAGAUUGAAGAGGAACCAGAACUUGUGAAGACUAAAGAGGAACCAGAAUCCAUGAAGAUUGAAGAGGAACCAGAACCUGUGAAGAUUGAAGAGGAACCAGAACUUGUAAAGAUCGAAGAGGAACCAGAACCUGUGAAGACUAAAGAUGAACCAGAACUUGUGAAGAUUGAAGAGGAACCAGAAUCCAUGAAGAUUGAGAAGGAACCAGAACCUGUGAAGAUUGAAGAGGAACCAGAACCUGUGAAGAUCGAGGAGGAAUAUGAAAAUCUCUGCAGAGGUCAGGAUAAGCAUUGUCUUGUAGUGAAACAGGAAGCUGACGUUUUAAUCUUGAACCCUACUGAAGAACACACAGACACCCAUGAACCAGAACCAAACCAGAACCAGGUCUUCUCUGCAAACUCCCCUGAAGCAGAGAACCAACAUCAACAAAGAGGGAACCAGAAAGACUAUGGAACAUCUCCUUUUGAAGACCUUCAGCCAGAGAAGAGACAUCAGGACCUGAGGAAGCACACAGACACUGUGGACAGUUCUAGAGUAAAAAGACAUAAAGGAGCUUCAGCUUCGUGUAAAAUAUGUGGUGAAUGGUUCAGGACCAGUACGCACUUGGAUGCUCACACUAGCAGCCACACAGGGGAGAUAUUAUUUGCUUCUGCAGUUUGUAGUAAACAUUUUAAAAACACAGGUCGUUUAGAUAAACACAAAAGAGCUCAUACAGGUGGAAAGCUGUAUCCAUGUGAUAUAUGUGGUGAAACUUUUAGGGACAGCGGAGAUUUGGUCAGUCAUAGACAAAGUCACAAAGGUGAAGGGCUAUAUUCCUGUAAAUUAUGCCAGAAGUCCUUCAUUCAACGUUGUACUUUGACUCGUCACCUUCAAACUCACACAGCUAAAAAGCCUUAUCCUUGUGAUGUAUGCGAGAAAUCUUUCAGGACGAGGGCGAAUCUGUUAUGUCACUCCAGAAUUCACACAGGUGAGAAGCCUUUUUCUUGCGAUUUGUGUGAUAAAUCCUUUGGGCGCAGCAGUCAUUUGGCUAGUCACUACAGAACUCACACAGGUGAGAAGCCUUAUUGUUGCGAUUUAUGUGAGAAGUCUUUUCGACAAAGACAACAUUUGACUUCCCACCUUAGAACUCACACAGGUGAGAAGCCUUAUUCUUGCCAUAAGUGUGACAAAUGUUUUAGAGAUGGGGGUAAUUUAGCAUGUCACAAGAGAACUCACAAGGAUAAGAGGCCGUAUACCUGCAAGUUGUGUGAAAAAUCUUUUACAAGAAGGAAUGAUUUAACUCGUCACUCUCAGACUCACACAGACAAAAAACCUUUUUCUUGUAAGUUUUGUAAAAAAUCUUUUCGACAAAAACAUGAUUUAACUUGUCACCUUAGAACUCACACUGGUGAGAGACCUUAUCCUUGUGAUUCAUGUGAUAAAUUUUUCAGGACGAGGGCUAAUCUGUUGCGUCACUACAGAACUCACACUGGUGAGAAGCUUUAUUCCUGUGAUUUAUGCGAUAAAUCUUUCAAAGAGCAUCGUAAUUUGACAUGUCACAGAAGAACUCACACAGGAGAAAAGCCUUACCGUUGUGAUUCCUGUGGGAAAUAUUUAAGAACCAGAGCUAGUCUUUUACGUCACUAUAAAAGGCAUCGAUGAGAAGCCAUUUUUAUGUGAUUUCUGAGAUAAAUCUUUAAGAGGCAUCAGUAAUUUGACUUGUCAGAAGAAAUAAAAGUAAUCGGAAGCUUCAGUGUACCUCAGGUUAGUUUAUAAGGCAGAAAUUCAGAGCAAUACCUCAUCAAACUAAGUGCACCCCCUCACAGUGAUGUAAAUAAUUAUCAUGCCUUUUUUUGGGACAACGCUGACGAUACGGCACGUUUAUACAUGCAGCAGCUCCUAUAGUUUCUAAGUUGUCGGCCAAACAGAGUAAAACACAUGUUCACAUGUUAAUGUCUGAAUCGAAGGCAGGAAGUGGGGACAGCUGGGAGUGGAGCUCACACUUAGUCUUCAUUGAGGGAUGGUAAAUGUUUCAUUCACUCACUACAUUUAGCCACCGCCAGUAGAGGAAUCUGUGGGUGAAAGUUUUUCUCCUGGCUGAAAAACAAACUGGAUGCUUAUUAAACCAUCCAACAUUUUAGACCACUAAGAGCUGUAGACAACUGGCUCAGGUUACCCAGAGUUUUCUCUGCUGCUUUAGGAAGACCCACAGCCGCUGCAGCGGUUAGACGUCCAUCUGGAUGAACAUCAACACCUCUUAUUUCAUGUUUUCAGCUGUAGAAAUGUACAUGGAUCUGAAUACUUUCAGUUUUAAAGUUACUGUUAUCCCAGUUGGAUCUGAGGUGAGUCAGAAUUUAACGUGUAAGUCUGAUUUUUCCAAACCAAUUUUAAGAAAUUCCCUCUGGUCUGCUGGUUGUUGGGUUUUUAUUCUCUACUCACUCAAAAGAAGAUGUGUCUACAAUCCAUCAAGCAUUUAGUAUUUGUUCAUAUUUAUUUUUUAACAUGUAACAUAAUUUAUUUUAAAUGUUAACAAAGAAACAAAAUUGUGCCAGGAUAUAUAAAAUGGU